CUAUGCUGUGUAGAUGAUCAAUGAUAAACUCAUUGUGAAUAGCUCUCAUAGUUAUUAGGUGACUAGGGGACUGUACACAGCUCUCUCUCGAAAGCAUGUGUGUUCUGAGGAGGUUCCUCCUGUGCUAUGCUUUUUUCAGGACUCUGAUGUUGCACAUGGAGAACGUGUCCUACGUGGCCCUGAGGCAGCCCAUCGUGUUUGAGCUGGAGGGCUUUGAAGUGUCUCGGAGCCAUGGUUACCCCCUGUUUGCCCUGGUCCUGGCCAUCUACUUCCUGGUGCUGCUGGGGAACGUGGUUGUGAUGGGUGUGAUUGCAAUAGAUAAGACGCUACACAAGCCUAUGUACGUGAUGGUAUGUAACCUGGCUGCCUGUGACCUGCUGGGAGGAACGGCUGUGAUGACUCAGCUCAUGGUCAUCUUCCUGAUGGGGGAGAAGAGGAUUCCAUACAACAGUGCCUAUGCUCAGGCCAUCUGUGUUCACACCUAUGGUGCAGCUGUACAGACCAUACUGUCAGCCAUGGCCUAUGAUAGGUAUGUGGCAGUGUGUGAACCAUUGAGGUACCAUGCAAUCAUGACCACGGCCCACAUGGUUUUUGUGAUCUUGCUGGCCUGGGCUGUAGCAAUCAUCCUUAUAGCUGUGCUCUUCGCUUUGAAUGUGGGUACUCCACUAUGUGGCACCUACAUCAGGCAUGUCUACUGCAGCAACCGCUCCAUCCUGAACCUGGCCUGUGUGCCCACCCCCAUUAACGAUAUCUACGGUUUGUGCAUGACUUGGAUUCUCAGCAGCAGUUCCUUCCUCAUCAUCUUUUUCUGCUAUUCCAAGAUCCUGUCAGCCUGUCUGAUGAGGAAGAGUGGCAAGGGCAGUCGUAGUAAGGCCCUACAGACCUGCGCCUCUCACCUGGUCAUCUACUUGAUCUUCGAAAUUGUCAGCCUCAUCAUUAUCCUCAGUAACCGCUUCCCCCAGGUCCCAAUGAACAUCAAGAAGUUCUGCACUAUCCUGAUCUUCAUCGUUCCCCCUCUAAUUAACCCUAUCAUCUAUGGAUUUGUCACUAAAGAGUUGCGCACAAGCAUUAUAAAGCUGUUGAAAACAUGGGUCGCACCCAAACUGUAA